GUCCCCCUCUCCGCUAGCCGGGCCUUGGCUUGCGGGGCUCCCGGCCCAAGCGCUCCGCCAGUUUGGCCAACAUGGAAGCUUCCCCUCCACCCGAGCGCCUCGCCGGGCUCCUCACCUCCGUUUCUUGCGUCUCAAGCGGCCACCUCAGUGCUUGGUCGUCAGGGUCCUCUUCCCCCCUGUUGCCCAGCCGCGGGAAACACCUGCCCGGAGCAGGGGCCGCGGGUCUCCCCUGCGUCGCCAGGCCCGGCCAGGCCCUUCCCCGCCCCUGCCUUAGUGCAGCAGCUACCUGGCCGCCGCCACUCACACUUUGCCUUUUUUUAUUUUUUUUUUUCUCCAAGAAACUUGAAAGAGACCUAGUGUCUCCUCCCUGACCCAGCUGUUACUACAAUUCCCAGUCUAGUUGUGGGUUUGUUUCACUCCAGCGUUGGCCACUGGAAAACGCUAAGUAAAUACGGUACUUGCCGGCGGGGUCUUUCCUCUGCCCAUCCCAGGCUUGUUCUCUCUUUUGCUUCUUAAAGUGCUGUUUCCCCAAAGAUCGCCCUCCAUGCCGGGCCAGCGUCUUGCACUCAGCGAUCCACCCAUGCCUGGGACGAGCGAGCUGCUCCCUUUUGCUGCUUACAAGUGGGAAUUGGGACUCUGGGUGCAGCCCCGGGCCUGCCACCCUCCAGCCCUGCUCCCCCGUAGCCCUAGAUCUUGGUCCUCCAGUUGGGAGGGAUGUGAGGAAGCCUCAGGACUUUGUGUUCCUGCCAUUGCCGGCGGACCAGACACCUUGUGGGUCCCAGAUGGUGACUGUAGUCAAGUGGGUUGUGUGCUUACACUUCUGGACUGGCUUUGUCAGCCUGAGGGCCCAUUGGUACUGUGCGUGAUUGGAUGGAUUGGGGAUCCCAGCUCCCCUCCCCCACGCUUUUACAUCUGCGGUUGGAGUUUGGAAUAGGAAAAAAAUGGCCCCACUUUAGAGAAGAAAAGGUGCCAAGAGGAGACAUGUGAGGGAUUUUAGAAGUCUAAAAAAUGAAAAAUGUCUUCCAACUCGCCAGAGAAGCCUCAGAGUUCUCUCCUCAGUUUUGGGUAGCGUUGAGGACUUGGGGGUGCCCUGACCCUGCAGCCGCUGCUCGCUGCCUUGUUUUCCCUGGCUAGAGCCCCAGGCUGGGCAAGUGGGCAGAAAGGAUCAAAUGAGGUAGUGUGUAAAGUGCUUUGAAAACUGCUAACUAGUACGCAACUGCAGAGAGCUGGGAGACCUGACCGGCCGGGAACUCAGGCUGCAGCCCAUUUCGGCGUCGGAGGCCUUCUCCCAGCCGCUGAGGAAGGGCCCUGUCACCUCCCAGCAGCGGGGCCGCCGGGACGUGGAGGACUCUGCCUGUGUUAACAAGGUGGUACUGGGCGGUGCCAAGGCACAUUGCUCUGGAUCGGGGCUAAUUUUAGGGGUGAUGGAGUAAGGAAAUAAUGUCCUUAACUUAGUGCGUGGUGAGAGUGCCCAAUCCUUGCAUCCUUUCCCUUUCUGGUGAGGUCUGAACCCCAGAGCACAGGCUCUCUCCCAGGUCCUUCAAGCAAGUUGGGAGCUCCUGGCAUGUACCCUCUCCUCUUGCCUCCAGUAGGGGGCAGCCUUUUAAUAGCAGUAAUUCAGAUGCUAGGGGAAUAAAGGUGCCCUGAAACCUGAAAGAGAAAGGCUGUGGAGGGGCCAGAAGCUGGAUAGACAGGCUGAGGCAGAGCCAGGGGCCAGGUGACCAGCUGGAGUGGGCCUGUGAUGAAGAGGAGACCCGUAGCCCACACAGCCAGGAAGAGGAUCAUUCCCAGAAGUGAAAACCCCUCCUGGGAGGUACUGAGGCCAUACCAGUAGCCAGUGGCGUGGGGACCAUAGUUCGCUCCAGCGCCAGCCCCUGCUUGAAGAGGGCCCAGCCCCCCAUUGCUUCCCCGGCAAGACUCCAGGUUUACCGGCGGCCCUGACUCAGUUCUGUUAAUUCAUGGUGUGAGUGGCCAGUGGCUUAGGUGUUUGGACAGUGCACGCCAGGUCCUCCUUGCUGUGUUCACCCCCUGACUUCUGGGAAGCACCCCAGCUCCACAAUGGCAGCAGAGACGCUCAACUUUGGGCCCGAGUGGCUGAGGGCCCUUUCCAGCGGAGGCAGCGUGGCCUCACCACCCGCUUCCCCUGCCAUGCCCAAGUACAAGUUGGCUGACUACCGCUACGGGCGAGAGGAGAUGCUGGCCCUGUAUGUCAAGGAGGACAAGGUCCCUGAAGAACUUCAGGACAAGGAGUUUGCCGCGGUCUUGCAGGAGGAGCCUCUACAGCCACUGGCCCUGGAGCCUCUCACCGAGGAGGAGCAGAGGAACUUCUCCCUGUCCGUGAACAGCGUGGCUGUGCUGAGGCUGAUGGGGAAAGGAGCCGCUCCCCCGCUGACUGGGACCUCCCGUGGCAGGGGCAGCACGAGGAGCCGAGGCCGUGGCCGUGGUGACAGUUGCUUUUACCAAAGAAGCAUCGAAGAAGGCGAUGGCGCCUUUGGGCGAAACCCCCGGGAGAUCCAGCGAAGCCAGAGCUGGGAUGACAGAGGUGAGAGGCGGUUUGAGAAGUCGGCAAGGAGGGAUGGAGCACGGUCUGGGUUUGAGGAGGGCGGGGCUGGCCCGAGGAAGGAGCAUGCCCGCUCGGACAGUGAGAACUGGCGCUCACUUCGAGAGGAGCAGGAGGAGGAGGAAGAGGGCAGCUGGAGACUCGGGGCAGGACCCCGGCGAGAUGGUGAUCGCUGGCGCUCUGCUAGCCCUGAUGGCGGCCCCCGCUCUGCUGGCUGGCGGGAGCAUGGAGACCGGCGUCGAAAGUUUGAAUUCGAUUUGCGUGGGGAGCGAGGAGGGUGUGGUGAAGAGGAGGGGCGGGGUGGGGGAGGCAGCUCUCAUCUCCGGAGGUGCCGAGGGCCGGAUGGCUUCGACGAUGACAAGGACGGGCUCCCAGAGUGGUGCCUUGAUGAUGAGGAUGAGGAGAUGGGCACCUUCGAUGCCUCUGGGGCCUUCUUGCCUCUCAAGAAGGGCCCCAAGGAGCCCAUUCCUGAGGAGCAAGAGCUCGACUUCCAGGGCUUGGAGGAAGAAGAGGAAGAGGCACCAGAAGGGCUGGAUGAGGAGCGACCUGAGGCAGGUGGGAAAGAGCUGCCCCCACUGCCGCCUGCAGAGAAGUCCACCUCUCCGUCCCCACUGCCCACCUUGGGCCCGCUCUGGGGCAUGAAUGGGGAGGGCGACGAAGCAGUGGAGAAAGAACUCCCCGCAGCUGAAGGAGAUGACAUGCGGGGACUCCAGCUGAGUCCUGGUGUUGGCUCCCCUCCUCCCCCGCCCGGAGACUUGGAAGAUGAAGAGGGCCUGAAGCACCUGCAGCAGGAGGCAGAGAAGCUAGUGGCCUCCCUGCAGGACAGCUCCCUGGAAGAGGAGCAGUUCACGGCCGCCAUGCAGACCCAGGGCCUGCGCCACUCCACAGCCGCCACUGCCCUCCCCCUCAGCCACGGCGCUGCCCGCAAGUGGUUCUACAAGGACCCACAGGGCGAGAUCCAAGGCCCCUUCACAACCCAGGAGAUGGCAGAAUGGUUCCAGGCCGGCUACUUCUCCAUGUCCCUGCUGGUGAAGCGCGGCUGUGAUGAGGGCUUCCAGCCUCUGGGAGAAGUGAUCAAGAUGUGGGGCCGUGUGCCCUUUGCCCCUGGUCCCUCGCCACCCCCACUGCUGGGAAACAUGGACCAGGAGCGGCUGAAGAAGCAGCAGGAGCUGGCCACGGCAGCCUUGUACCAGCAGCUGCAGCACCAGCAGUUCUUUCAGCUGGUCGGCAGUCGCCAGAUCCCGCCGUGUUCGCUCCGGGAAAAGGCAGCUAUGGGGGACCUGGCACCGCCGCAGCAGCAACAGCUCACGACGUUUCUGCAGCAGCUCCAGGCUCUCAAACCCCCCAGAGGUGGAGACCAGAACCUGCUCCCGACGAUUAGCCGAUCCUUGUCGGUGCCGGAUUCAAGCCCCCUCUGGGACGUACAUACCUCAGCCUCAUCACAGUCUGGUGGUGAGACCAGUCUUUGGGACAUACCAAUUAACUCUUCGACUCAGGGUCCAAUCCUAGAACAGCUCCAGUUGCAGCAUAAAUUCCAGGAGCGCAGAGAAGUGGAGCUCAGGGCGAAGCGGGAGGAGGAAGAGCGCAAGCGCCGUGAGGAAAAGCGCCGCCAGCAGCAGCAGGAGGAGCAGAAGCGGAGGCAGGAGGAGGAGGAGCUCUUUCGGCGCAAGCAGGUGCGGCAGCAAGAGCUGCUUCUGAAGCUGUUGCAGCAGCAGCAAGCAGCAGCCGCAGUUCCUGUGCCACCUGCACCCAGCUCGCCACCCCCACUCUGGGCUGGCUUGGCUAAGCAGGGUCUGUCCAUGAAGACGCUUCUGGAGCUGCAGCUGGAGGGCGAGCGGCAGCUGCACAAGCCGCCUGUGCCCCGGGAGCCACCAAGGGCCCAGGCCGCCAACCACCGCUCGCAGCUUGGGGGCCUGGGUGCUGCCCCCCUGAACCAGUGGGUUUCUGAGGCCGGGCCACUGUGGGGCGGGCCCGACAAGAGCGGGGGCAGUGGCGGUGGCAGCCUGGGGCUCUGGGAGGACACCCUCAAGAGCAGUGGAAGCCUGGCCCGUGGCCUCGGCCUGAAGAAUAGCCGGAGCAGCCCGUCCCUCAGUGACUCCUAUAGCCACCUGUCAGGACGGCCUGUUCGCAAAAAGACAGAGGAAGAAGAGAAGCUGCUGAAGCUGCUGCAGGGCAUCCCCAGGCCCCAGGACGGCUUCACCCAGUGGUGUGAGCAGAUGCUGCACACCCUGAGCACCACGGGCAGCCUGGAUGUGCCCAUGGCUGUUGCAAUCCUCAAGGAAGUGGAGUCCCCCUAUGAUGUCCAUGAUUAUAUCCGUUCCUGCUUGGGGGACACCCUGGAAGCCAAAGAAUUUGCCAAACAAUUCCUGGAGCGGAGGGCCAAGCAGAAAGCUAGCCAGCAGCGGCAGCAUCAGCAGCAAGAGGUAUGGCUGAGCAGUGCCUCCCUGCAGACAGCCUUUCAGGCCAACCACAGCACCAAACUUGGCCCUGGGGAGGGCACCAAGGCCAAGAGGCGGGCAUUGAUGCUGCACUCCGACCCCAGCAUCUUGGGGUACUCCCUGCAUGGACCUUCUGGUGAGAUCGAGAGCGUGGAUGACUACUGACCAGCCCGUCCCACUAGCCCCCUGGGCUGGAGGCCAGGAGUGGCAGCCGCAGCUUGGACCCUUGGGUCCCAGGCCUGCAGGCUCCCAGCAAGGAGCAGAGGAGGAGCAGGGGCAGGGUCCCCAGCACUUGUUACAAACCACACGAUGCACCUUAACUCACCCACCACGAGGCACUUUACAGAUUGGGGGGAAGGGGUUUUUCUUUUUUUUUUUUUU